UCUGAAUGUAUAUUUUUUAUUUCUUACAGUCGACGACGAAUGUCAUCAGGAGUACCGUUAUACUGAUGCAGUAACACAGAAUGACGUUUAAUGUCGUGAAUAUUGCAUCAUCCUUCACGCAAUCACAAGCUCUGCAACAGUGCCAUCGAUUAAAACUCAUUCACUUUUAAUGACAUUGUUCAUAGUAAAGGAAACGAACAUCCAUUAAGAGAAAACUUCUGUCUGGAAAUAUGUGUUCAAAUGUUCUGAAAGUCCCAUUAAGCAUGGGUAUGGGAGUUUAAAGUGCCGAAGAGGCAGUCUCUUGAGUGUUAAGACAAAGCGACGAGCCCGACCGUGACGAAGUGGCUGUUAUAUAUUCUGUGAAUGACACAAGAGGAUAUCAUUAUGAUUCGAGGUUAUUCAGGCUACCGCCAAUGAAGCUCCGCCGUUAAAUGAUGUAUUUACUGCGUGACUGUGAACCUCACUGCUGAACACGCCGACAGCGCUCAGCCGAGAGAGAGAGAGGGCGGCUGCGAUUCGUUGCCAGUUGAUUAUUCAAAGGAAACGCGCGACGGAUAAAGCCAGUUGAUUAAAGUCGUCAACGUUCCCUGUCGUUGCUGUCGUUCACUCACAAUCAUGAAUGAGGUGGUCAGAGAAAGCUGAUUUUCUGUAUCGGAUUACCAUUGUAAAACAUCAGCGAUGCUCCAAGUGAGAGGUGUUUUGUCCUGGGGUUUGCUCUUCGCGUGUAUGUUUACAUCAGGGGAGGGGGCAGUGACGUCGUGUCGGGACAGGUAUGGGGUUCUCCCCCUCCCCACCUUCAAGGUGUGGUCGUGUACGAUGUGUUUCUCCUACCUAUUCAGAGAUCAGUUUGAGUUAAGGGCGAAUCUCCCUAAACCCGAACUUGUGGCUGUGAAUGGCUCGCGUUACCAGUCCGGCACGACGUUCUUACCUGACAUAGAAAACAACACCGUGGUUGAUGUCAUAUGUGGGGCCCUGAAUGCCGAGGACUGUGAACGAUGGACCUCUUGUUGCCAUGCCGCCCUCAAGUGCUGUCACCGCCAGAACCGUCUCCCCCCUCCCGACCCCCAGGGACAAUACUGUCCCCGCACCUGGGACGGCUUCGGGUGUUUUGAUGACACCCCCGCUGGACAAAAGACCAACAUUAAGUGUCCUGCCUACAUCGAACACAGCAACCCGAGAAUCAACGCCGCCAAGCUCUGCACCAGCAAUGCCACAUGGUUCCAGGACCCGGGUACCCACCAGGAAUGGACUAACUACACCACGUGCGUCGGCAUGGACACGUACAUGACGUUGUUUAAAGUAGGCGUGGCCUGUAACGCCAUCAGCAUCAUUCUCCUCGUCCCCGCCUGCAUCGUCUUCAUCGUUUACAGACAACUGCGGCUGCAGCAGCGUAUCAAGCUGCAUCUGUGCCUCUUCGCCUCCUUCAUCCUCACCAACGUCAUCCUCAUCCUUUGGGACGUCCUCGUGUACAAGGACAGACUGGACAAGCCUAAAGGCCAGACACUCAUGUAUAACAACACGGUUGGCUGCCGACUGUUAUAUACGUUGAUCCGAUACGCCAGGACCGUCAACUUUCUCUGGAUGUUCCUGGAAGGCUUCCACUUACAUCGACUCAUUGUGCAGGCGUUCAAGGUCCCCAAGUCCUUGCUGGGAUAUUAUAUAGGAGGGUUUGUGGGGCCGAUGGUGCCAGUCAUUGCGUACGCCAUUGUCCGCGGUGUAAGGAACGACCAGAGUUGCUGGGUACGGCACGCGGGUGGCUAUGAGUGGAUCAUAUAUACACCCAAUCUCCUGUGUAUAGUUAUUAACCUGUUUUUCCUUGCCAGUAUAUUACGCAUCCUCCUCACCCAGCUUCAGUCUCAUCCAAACGAACCCAGUAAUUACAGGAGAGCGCUAAAGGCUACUUUCAUCUUGGUUCCACUGUUCGGUCUUCAGCUGUUUCUGGUUAUUUACCGACCCCCCUCUGAAUGGGAGGGAUUCUUCUACUAUGAGGUUUUAGCCAAGGUCGUAUCUAACUCACAGGGAGCUGUUGUCGCCCUUAUAUUUUGCUUCUUCAAUGGCGAGGUUCACUCUAACCUGAGGACGCUCCUUCCACGGUCACUGAGACGAGGGGGGAUGUACAAGUCUGAUGUGGUGAGAAGCAACUCCAUGUCAACUCAGUACACCACAGACAACCGCUCCAUCUACACCAAGAACGUUGGCAGCCACGUCGACGACAAAGGGAGUUACAUCCCCCUCACCGCCAUGAACGAAGACCAAGCUAAUGGCAGGUGCAACGGAAAGCACUGAAAAUGGUGAUGCGGUAUUUUGGAUGGUGGAGGAGGAGGAGGAGGAGGUUCAGGAGAAAAUCCUGAAGAACAAGUAGACGAAGGAUGGACAAGAGAAUUACAGGAUGAUGUUGAAAGAGUGAAAAGGUUAACUGUGAAUUGAACAUGAUCUUGUUGAAAGGAGGCAAAAUUGUUGUUGAAACUGAAACGAAUAGUUUGGAAUUGAAUUUGAUCUUGUCGAAAGAAGGCGGUUGAUUGUUGAAGAUGAAAAGGAGAGUUAAAAUGAAGAGGUUUAUGUUGAAAGAAAUCAAAAUGAAUAUUGAAGCUGGGGGGAUAGCUUUGAAUUGAACAUGAUCGUGCUGAACGAAGUCGAAACGACUGGAAAACGUAGCUCGUUGUAAAUCGUGAUGUGGACGCUCAUCAUAGGGGGCACUGGGGCACUGGGGCACUGCAGUGACACGGUGACAGAGGAUUGUUUAAACACCAGCUACGAAGGGACCUUUGUAAGUUUUGAAAAGUCAAAUACAAAGGUGGUUGUGGCACGACACGUACGGCAGUUGUAUAUUGGAAGAGAAGGAAAAUGACAUCAUGGUGUGCCAAAAUACAGAAUCCAAUAUACCGUGGUCACCUUGAGAAGAUCGAGAAACGACAAAUGUCGGAUAGUGUGAUGGUUAUGGUUGUGUUAAUGUGUCUCGGCACGUAUCGGGCCACACGGGUGAAGUACCUACUACUAGGAUUACAUCUGUUUGUCUUUGUAGAAUAUAUUUUAUAUAGUACCAUGUAUAGAAAAUGUUAUUGGUUUCUCUGAUUUUCACAAAGACAUAGCACGAUGGAACCUUGUUCGUUUAUGAUCAUCUGAAAACAUGCGACGUAGAUGGUUAGGAACUUUGCUUUGGAUUAGUGUGAGUGUCAUGAUGUUAAAUAAAUAUUGAGUGGCUGAAUUGCUUGGGCCUCCGGCUUGACAGUGGAGUUGUUUGGUGUUUUGUGAUAAUGCAGCAUCACAGAUAUGUAUAUAUACUGUGGACAAGUGACUGUCAAGGAAUAUAUUUUCGAGGAGGCUAUAGACAUUGCGCACUGCUUGUGUGUCUUCCUUUCGUGACAACAGCAGCGCUUUCGAAGACAGAGAAUAAUAUUCGACUAUGAUGGUGAUGAAGACAUGUGAUCAGAAGCAACGAAACAACCACGUACAUGUGAAGAUGGAGUCGGCGUCCUCGUCACGUGGUGCUUGGUUGACGUCAACAAUGUCGUACAAAUGUUUUGUGAUUACUUUUUACCAGGGUCACGGUUUUGAGAUGUAACUAUUGUUUUUUGUGCAAACGAUGUGUGAUGAAUAAUUAUAUACACCUUACAAUAGAUGUGAUCAUUCAUGCACUCAUUAUUUUACAUCAAUAUACAAGUUAUUACAUAAUAAAAUGUACAUUAAUUACCCCGUAAUGUUGAAAGAGGCUCUCAACCUGAGGGUGUCAUUGCGAACUGAAGCAGGUUGAUAUAUUGUGUGAAGAGUAUUCAGCGUCAGCCUAUAAAACUAGGAAGCGUUAAACCAAAUCAUUCACUCAUUCAAAACCAGUAAAUACUCUACAAUCAUGUACAUAUUGUUAUCUUUUAUAUUAACAGUGCUUUUUAUAUGCAGUUAUGCUCAAAACAAACGACCCUUACUUGGGACCUCUCGAGAAUUUUUCUUAUUUGGAACACGAGUCACUAGUGUACUUACAUACUAACAUGUAUCGGUACAAAAUCUCUUGUUGUGUGGUUGGUUUAUUUUUCGGGUACAUGUUUGUAGUUUUGAGUUUAAAUGACCGUUUCUACAGAGACUAUAUUUUGGAGAUUGACAGGAGUGGUCACAUGUUGAGAUGGACAUGAGGAUUACAUUUAUCACACAUUUGUACGUGUUGGUUGUACCACAGCAAGGCAAUAGUCAGUACCUGAAAAGUAAUUUGAAGACAGAAGUAAUGUUUCAUUGUGAUAAAUAUGAUCCCCCAUUUGGAAGUUAUCAACUCCCUAUGCCGGUCGGGAAACAUUGUCAUGUCCAAUUAGCUGAGGCAAAAUGAAAACAUUUGCAAUGUUCAUUUGAUUUCGUAGUGUCCGAAACUGGUGUGUUUAUUGUCAUGUACUCUUCGAAUCAUAAUGACCUCAUCAUGACCUCAUUGUGACCUUCAGUAGCCAACUGUACAGUUCAGUACCAAAACAUGGGUAAAGGGAUGAUUCGACUGUGUAGCUUGAUAAAUAGUUGGUAUAUUUUCAUAAAUAACGUAGGUGACUUCAGGUCUGGUACACCCUGGUGUACGUCAGUGGAACACCAAUCUCAAUCCCGUUUCUCUCACAUAGACUGAUACCAUUGGUCUAAGGUGCCGACCGGUAUUCACUGUAAAUAGUUACGUCCCUUGGUCAUUCCAGGAUCCGUUGAAAAACUGUCCAAGUACUAGACUAGCAAGUCGUAUUGUUAAUUAUUGUGUUAUGGUCACUUUGUUCAACCGGGCCUAACGGCUUGUGUUGGCUUUUGUGUGAUUAUAUUGUUUUGGUUUAAUCAAGACGAUGAUCCAUAUUGUAUUUUUGUUAUGAAAGAUUCUUCUACUCGUCAUAUAUCCAAUCAUUAAUAAGCCAGAAUAUGACAGGCAAUGGUCAACGCGGACUGUUAAUUGAGACAGCACAGCCCUUGUUGACCACUGUCCAGUCAUCCAGGUCAGUCCGUGUUUCCUACUUUCGGACUUUCCGAAGAGUGGUAACAGUUUGGUUUCUUUCAUCGCAGACGUUUGAAUUUCCAUUUGUCCUAUAGUAUACACUCAUAUAGUGCAGUGGCUGAUUAUUGGUGCCGAUAUUUAUGUGACAUUGGUGUGACGUAGGAGCCGACAUCAGUGUGACAUCGGUGGGACAUCAGUGUGACAUCAGUGUGACAUCGGUGUGACAUCAGCGUGACAUUGGUGUGACAUUGGUGUGACAUCAGUGUGACCUCGGUGUGACAUCGGUGUGACAUCAGUGUGACCUCGGUGUGACAUCGGUGUGACAUCAGCGUGACAUUGGUGUGAGAUCAGUGUGACCUCGGUGGGACAUCAGCGUGACAUUGGUGUGACAUCAGUGUGACCUCGGUGGGACAUCAGCGUGACAUUGGUGUGACAUCAGUGUGACCUCGGUAUGACAUCGGUGGGACAUUGGUGUGACACAGGUGCCGACAUCAGUGUGACAUUGGUGUGACAUCAGUGUGACAUUGUUGUGACAUUUGUGUGACAUCAGUGUGACAUCAGUGUGACAUUAUUGUGACAAUGGUGUGACAUUGGUGCUGACAUCAGUGUGACAUCAGUGCAAACAUCCAUGGAGUGGCGUAAAGCCAGCUUUGGGGUUGACCACUAAAUACGGGUUCAUAUGUUAUACGUUGAUCACGGUUGAUGAACAUAUGUUACAGGUAAAUGUUGUACAACGUUUCCGCCACGACCAAUAGUAAGUCACGUUGACAGCCUAUACGUCAAUCACUCUCCUAGUCAGCGAGCAUGGUAGAAAUAGAUAUUGAUCAUGUCGUACUCUCAACCUUCAAGGUCAUCUAGGGGGCACGGGUGGCCCAGGCGUCUAAGGCGCCGCGAUUCGCUGUGCAGAGUUGCGUCAGAAACCUAUGAUUGUGGAUUCGAAUCCCGGUUCGCCCCGAUUAUGUUUCUAGGUUUG